AUGAAGCUGCCGCCACAUCGACCGGGUGUGGAUCAUGAAGUCAACCUGCAGCCUGACAAGAACGGCAACGAGCCACCCCUACCAGGAUUCAUCCGAGCGAGUAGCUCAGCGGCUGCCGCGCCGGUGCUGUUUCGCGACCGAUACCCACUGCCCCUCAUCGCGGAGACCCUGCAGAAUCUGGCCAAGGCUAAGUGGCUCACCAAGUUGGACGUGGUGGCCGCUUUCCAUAAGAUCCGCAUGGCUCCGGGACAUGAGGGAAAGACCGCAUUUCGCACGAGGUUUGGGCUCUACGAGUGGCUCGUGUGCCCUUUCGGCCUGAGCGGCGCCCCGGCAUCAUUCCAACGAUACAUGAACAGUGUGUUGCGCGAAUGGCUGGACGACUUUGUCACAGCGUACCUGGAUGAUGUACUGAUCUACUCGAGCGGUUCGAAGGCGGAUCAUGAGGCUAAGGUGCGACGAGUUCUCCAAGCACUCGCCGACGCUGGGCUGCACCUAGACCCAGCGAAGUGCGAGAAAGGAAUCGCCUGCGACCCCGAAAAGCAGCGCGCCAUCCGCGAAUGGGAGGCCCCGACCACGGUGAAGGGUGUCAGAAGCUUUCUGGGCUUCGCCAACUAUUACCGGAUCUUCAUCCCCGACUAUGCCAAGAUCACGCAGUCUCUGGAUGCCCUGCUUAAGAAAGGAACUGCCUUUCGUUGGGGACGAGCGGAGAACGAGGCGUUUCAGGAGCUGAAGCGACGAUUUUGCGAGUCACCGGUGCUCAAGCAGUGGGACCCGAGCCUCCCGACCUUUUUGGAGACGGAUUGCUCAGGCUACGCAUUGGGAGGCGUCCUGUCGCAGGAAGGCCCAGAUGGGCGUCGACACGCAUGCGCCUUCUUCUCGAAGCGACUUUCGCCAGCGGAGUACAACUAUCCCAUUCACGACAAGGAGAUGCUUGCCAUCAUGAGAUGUCUCGACAACUGGAACGCCGAACUUAGGAGCUGCGGCCCAUUUACAAUCCUUACCGACCACCGCAACCUGGAGUAUUUCAUGACACGCCAGAAGCUCACGGAACGGCAGAGCCGUUGGGCAGCCGAAUUGUCCCAGUUCGACUUCAAGCUCGAGUAUCGACCGGGCAGCGAGGCUGUCGUGCCCGAUGCAUUGUCCCGCCAGGCAUCCACCCUGCCGGAGAUGAAGGUCUUCGAGGAAGCGGACCUGCAGCAACUCUGGGACGAAACGGUGGCGAAGGACUCGAUAUUCGGGGCAGCCUAUGGCAGUCCGCGAUCGCGAGCGUGCCUUCCCGCCCUCGCUGGGCCUGAAGAUCCAGAUUUCAGAAUGUGCGAUCGACGCAGGCAAAGGCUGACAUUCAGAGACCGUAUUUGGCAGUCGCACGACUCUGUUGCGACCGGUCAUCCCGGCAGGGAAGGUACGCUGGCUAUUGUGGCUCGGCGAUUCUACUGGCCUGGACAGUCCCAGCUUGUUCGCCGAUCGACCCGGAGCCAUUUGUCCAUGGACUUCAUCACAGAUCUGCCGCCUACUGGACCGAGCAAGGCAAGGUACCUGUGGGUGAUUGUGGACAGACUGACAAAGGCUGUGACCCUCGAGGUGAUGGACAACAUGGAAGCUGAGCCGUGUGCAAACCGUUUUCUCCAGUGUCACUACCGAUUUCACGGAAUGCCACGGUCCAUCGUCAGCGACCGCGGGAGCAACUGGCUAAGUAGGUUCUGGAAGAGGUUCUGUCGUCUUGCAGGUGUCACGCAGAAAUUGAGCACGGCCUAUCAUCCUCAGACGGACGGAGGACCAGAGAGAAUGAACCAGGAGGUCGAGGCCUACCUGAGAGCCUACGUGUCGUACGUGCAGGACGACUGGGGAGAACUGCUCCCUGCCGCGCAGCUGGCACUCAACAAUCGUGAAUCCGCAGCAACCAAGAUCAGCCCCUUUUCGCUGAGCAUGGUUACCACGUCGCUCCCAUCAGCGUCGAGGAAUCGGAAGAGCCACCGAGGCAUAGAGAAGAAAGCAGAGCUGAUAGCCUACUCAGUCGCCUGCAGGAGGUCAAUGAGUACAUGCAAGCAGUGA